CAAAGACAUGAGGCGAGGGUGCCCUUGUUCCUUUCUGGACAUUCGUUUCAUUGUUAAUGGGGUAGAACAGCAUAUUCAUCGGCAAACGGAGCAGAUAUCUCCAUAUUAUUGUUUCUUCAAGAGCCUAGCUCAAAUUUAGAAACCCGGAAGACCGCAACGAGCCCUCCGCGAAGGAUUUACCUUCCGUUUUGCUCUUCCUUAAAAGACUUCCUCUUCUGGGUGCAUUGUAUUCGAAUUCUCAGGUGGCCGAAGAUACUGCCUCUUCAACUAAAAAGCACAAUCCCUCUUGCCUGCGCUCACGAGUCAUGUCUGCGCCCAUACCUGUCCCCUCGCCGUUACCCCAGGAGCUCCUCGACGCCAUUAUUGAUGAGGUGCAGUACGACUUUUCAACGCUGAUCUCUUUGAACAAUGCCUCUCGGUGCUGCGCUAGGGCCCGUAUCUAUCUCUACCGCGCCAUAGAUCUCAGAGAACCCAGUAGGGCGAUGCAGUUCUUCCAUCUUUGCGCCACGAAUAAUCAGAUCAAGUCUUGCGUUCGAUCUAUCUAUAUCGAGACUUGGACUGUAGUCGAUUAUACCGAAUUCCACCAUAUACUCGAAGAUCUCACAGAGGUGCGGGAUCUGACCAUCUCUGGGGAAUAUGAAUGCAUACCGCCGGGCCUCCGCGGUGUGUUCAUGUCAUACAAUCUUUCCACCUUGACUCUGCAGGAAAUGGAAUUUGAUUAUGCGGACCUGCAAACCUUCGUCAAGCCAUAUCCGAAUUUACGAUGGUUUAGGGCUUACGAUGUCAGCUUGAGUGAGGAAGAACAGGUUGCACCAAAUGCAGCUGAAACGGGCCUGCGCUCUUUGGAAUCCUUGUCUCUAUCUCAGACAGAUUUCUUCACCAAAGCUGUAAAGCGCACAGACCAUGGGAUUCCGUUCAUCUUAGCCAAUAUUCGACGCUUGUUCUUGAGGGAUACUAUGGACAACCUUAACGAUCUUCAACGGGUGCUGAAUGUCGUGCAUCAGCCGCUGAAGGAAUUGUAUCUUUCUGAGCCGUCCAUUCUAUUCGGCGGCGCAGAUGUCCCAACCUUGGAUCUUACGAAGAUCUCCACCCUCACCCUCGAAGUCGCAGUCGCCGACGGACCUGGAGCAAUACAGUGGUUGAUCUAUCACUUUUCCUCUCGACCCUUGGAUAAAGUCUGUACCACUGAGAUCAAUUUCGUUCUGACAGUCACAGAAGAAUGGCACGACGAGAUGAACCAUGAUCCUGUACAGGCCGACUUUCGAAGACGACAAUUUCAGGCCGCAUGGGAUGCAUUAGAGGUUCUUCUCAUUGUGCAUCCGAUGCCGACGGUAGAAGGGGUGAGGAUAAUCAUGAGCAACCAGUACAACAUGAGGAAGAGCGAUUUUAUUGUAAUAGCUCGAGCGCUAAGCGAGGCGUGGUUGCAAUCCCCUCUUCGACGCUUGGCGAAUGCAGGAAGGACGCUCAUUAAAGUGGGCGUCAUCUUUAGAGAAGUUGAAAAGCAGCCUAUUGUCCCUAGAUCUGACGGAACGUAUGCAUGGGAGGAGUCUCUGGCGUGAAGAGGCAUGUCAUUCACGCCGCCGUUCUGUUAUGUUGCAAAAAAGCCUUGAUCUCCUGGAUGUUGGAAAUGAGGGGAUCAGAACGCAGUGAGCGUAUAGUCAAGGGUAGCCACGAAGCUGUAUUUAAAGGCCACAUCAAGCUAUCUCCAUUAGGUUUCGACCACGGCAUGGAACUC